CCCAAGUCCGUGUAUUAGCAGAAGAAAUUAGAGAAAGAAUUUCCCGCCAAGCCGAAGAAGCCAAAAAAGAAGUGGUUUAUAAUGAACCUUUGCCAUUCUUCGCAGAAAAAAGAAAAUACCAACCACCGAAAACUUCCGACCAAAGAUUAAACACCCAAAGAGCCGAAAUUUUUCCUAAUUUACCAAGAACAAACCAAGAGCCUACGGAAGCCCAAAGCCGCUAUCAUACCACAGUAGAAGACGAAAGCGAAGCAGCAGAAGUAAUUGACGAAAGUGAAAACGAAAAUAACGACCAAGAAAGUAAUCAAGAGCUAACACCCGAACUAAACCACGGAGACAAUUCAAACGAAAACAAUCACCAAGAGCCGAACAAUAACGACGACAAUGAGAACGGAGAAAAUACCGAGCCUAAUGGCACACCAAACGGCGGCAGUAAUGAAAACAAUGAGGAAGAUUUGGGAGAAAGAGAAAAUCAAAAAUGA